GAGAAAAGAAAAAAAAGGGGGGGGCGGGGGGAGAGCACAAAAAGAUACGAGGGUAAACACCAAAAGGAUGGAAGUAGAAGCAAAAACAGAAGACAUUGUCCCCUAGAAUUUGAUAGCCUUUUUUCUCCAGGUAACUGGAAGAAACAGAACUCUCUCUGCCAUAUCUGGCAUCAGAGAGAGAGAGAUGAACAAGCCAUACAAAACAACAUUAAAGCCACAAAUGUUGAUCAAGAAAACAAUGGACAAGACUAAGAACUUCGUUCACAAAGCCCUACAAAACCUCAAGUCCUUUCUGUUUGGAGGCUCUCAAAAGCUACUCAGAUCCCAUCCCCUUAACCCCCUCUUUGGUUGCAACAACAGCUCAAAAAUGCAGGAGUUGAACAAUUUCUAUAGAGAAUUUUCUGCGCAGUGGGAGGCAGAUCCUGAUGAGGCGAUGAAAAGAAACAAGAUGACACGGGUUGAAGAUGCAUCUAGCGGAAGCUUCAAGAAUAAUGCAGAGCUGAGUGUUGUGAAGAAAACACAAGAGAGAGGAAAGGAAGAGAAAACAGGUGGAUACCAUGAAGAACAGAGAAGAGAGCCUUGUUCUCCGAGUGCCAAUGGAGGGGGUCAUGUUUUAGCACAGAAAAUGAAAGAACUGGAGAAGAUGGAUGUGGAUGAUGUAGAUCAUGCACUGGACAUAGAAGAGGUGCUCCACUAUUAUUCUCGCCUUACCUCUCCCAUUUACCUCGACAUUGUUGACAACUUUUUCGAGGACAUGCAUUCUGAAUUCUUCCUUCCUCAGCCCUCUGCCAGUGUCAACAAUUCAAUGCGGAGCCUUGGCCCUGUAAAGAUCUAGAAACUGCAGUCAAUUAUUUCUCCUCUCUGCAUGUAAAUCUUGUCUCUUGCUUCCUUUCCUCCCUUUUGUAUGUGUGAGCCUGCGUGUACUUGCUGUGAUUUUCAAGUCUGCCAACCUCUACCUGUGUUUGCCAAUUGCUAUGAUGUCUUCUUACCUAUAGAUUCAAUACUUAUAGUAGUCUUUGAUAUAUAAUUGUCACUGCCUAGUUGCUAUUACCAUUUCACUAAAGUUAUAACUUCCUGGCCAUACGCAGAAAAUUCUCAGCAACUCAAUUAACUUUCACAGGAGAUGUGAAUUCACUUGAUGUAUACAAGAAAA